GAGCUCACCAGAUAAACAGAGCAGAGAUCAGCUGAUCGCUCUCUGCUUAGUUUUGACAUCUGACUCUUUGACGUCUCUCUGGUUUCGUUUCCGAUACUUAAACGAGCUGUGGACAUUAUAUUUAAAGGAGCUGAAAGUCACCUGGAAAGUCAAACCAGUCGAAACCAGCCGAAAGAAGCACUGACAUGGCCCCGACACUGUAUGAUGAGAAGCCAGAGCUCGGGGACUUGAUUGAGAUCUUCCGUGGCUCCUAUCAGCACUGGGCUGUGUAUGUUGGCGAUGGCUUCAUUGUCCACUUGGCACCACCCUCUGAGGUCCCGGGUGCCGGCGCCAACAGUAUGAUGUCUGUUCUGACGGAGAAGGCCAUGGUGAAGAAAGAGGAGCUGUGGGACGCGGUGGGAACCGACCGGUGGGAAAUCAACAACGGCCUGGACAAGGAGUACGAGCCCCGCUCAGUUCGAGUCAUUGUGAGGGAGGCCUGUGCCAUGGUGGGCGAGGAGCUGCCGUACUGCGUCUUCAGGGGGAACUGUGAGCACUUUGCAAACGAGCUGCGCUACGGAAAAGCUGAGUCCCGGCAGGUGCGCAAGGCCGGAGAAACUGUCAUGGUGGCCGGUGCGGCAGUGGCGGUGGGUCUGGGUAUCUUUGCUCUGGUGGGAGCUCUGUUUGGAGGCGGCAAAAAAGAAAACAAGAACACAGAGUGAUUGAUGUCCUGACUCAACCCGCCUGUUCAGGGACUUGAUGAACGGAUCACCAGUGAGGCCUAACUGGUAGACUCAUCACGAUCACUCACAGAACACCAAUAAACAUCUGUGAUUAAGACAGAAAUUUGGUUGAUUUCUCUCAUGUCUACUCAAAUUUACCUCCAUGUGUCCCUCAUGCCUUUCUUCUGUUUGAAUAACAAAGCUGGUUGGUUCAGGAUCGGGGCCCUGUGUUUUUCAGACUUUUCAACAGAAAGCACAAACAAGUAGAACAAACACUAUUUCCCCUAAUUAAGCUGCCAGGAUGAAAUUUGUUUAAAUGUUUUAAUAUGAACUGAUUUUGAAGAUGUAUGUAGAUAGUUUUUGGAUUGUGUAGGAUGUGAGAGGUUGGAGGGGUCUUUUCUAUUGAGAAAAACUAAAAUGUUUUGCUAGUAGUUGUUUAUGAAGAAAUAAUAUUAGCUACUUGAGUCAGACCUUUGGAAUAAAAUCUGAAUAAUCUAAUAUGAUGAUAUUGUGGCUAAAUCUCACAGAACAGCCACAUAAUGUAAAAUGUACUACAGCCUAGUGUUUAUUGUAAAAGUACCUUGAUGAACUGUGGGUCCUGGGCUGGAAGGACACAUGUGGACUGUCAUCUCUAAUGAAUUGCAAUUUAUCUUCCUGACAUUUAACUGUUUGUAAUUACUUUGAAUAAAUAAUAAUUUGUGUGA